AUGACCAAGUUAGGGUUUCUCCGGCUCUCCUACGAGAAGCAAGACACUCUGCUCAAGCUUCUCAUCCUGUCGAUGGCAGCGGUGCUGUCUUUCUCCACGAGGCUUUUUUCCGUCUUAAGAUUUGAAAGCGUCAUCCAUGAAUUUGACCCGUACUUCAACUACCGCACGACCCGCUUUCUGGCAGAGGAGGGCUUCUAUAAAUUCCACAACUGGUUUGACGACCGAGCGUGGUACCCCUUGGGCAGGAUUAUUGGUGGGACCAUUUAUCCAGGCCUGAUGAUCACGUCGGCAGCGAUUUACCACGUGCUGCACUUCUUCCACAUCACCAUCGACAUCCGGAAUGUCUGCGUGUUCCUGGCUCCCCUCUUCUCCUCUUUCACCACCAUAGUGACUUACCAUCUCACCAAAGAGCUCAAGGAUGCGGGAGCAGGACUGCUUGCUGCCGCCAUGAUUUCCGUUGUGCCUGGGUACAUCUCUCGCUCCGUUGCCGGCUCCUAUGAUAACGAAG